UGUAUUCAAACCCGGAAAUCAACGAAACCCCGUUUCUAGUCUGAUCGCGAGAUUUUUAGCCGGGUGUGUACCAGCCGAAUGAGUACCUAUUCAGUAGUGCUUAUACAUUAUCCCUACAUGCUCAACAUGGAUGAAGAUGCGUUGGAGUUAAAAUGUCAUAUUUUGGACUUGCCCUGGGAGGAUGUAUUAGUUCCACACAUUUUAUGCCAUUUACCAUUGCGACACAUUGCAAGCCUCCAAAGAGUGAGCAAGCAGUUCCAAGCUCUCAUUCAGGUGUACCUUGCCAACUGUCGGAAUUUCGAUCUGUCACAGAUUGGCACAUGCAUUCCCAAGGAGGCGUUUUGUAACAUGUUGAGGGACAACAAAGUUCUCCAGAACCUGUCACUUCAUAACUGUGCAGAGUGGGUGACGGACAAAGAGCUGCUGCCAGUCAUCGGCCAAAACCAGCACCUGCUAAGAGUGGACAUGAGGGGCUGCGUGCGGCUCACCCGCCAUUCCCUGGUGGCGGUGUCCCUGAGUUGUGUGCAGCUCCAGCACCUGGUUCUGGCGCACUGCGAGUGGGUGGACAGCCUGUCCCUACGCAGCCUGGCCGACCACUGCGGGGGGCUCCAGUCCAUCGACCUCACCGCCUGUCGCCAGCUCAAGGACGAGGCCAUCUGCUACCUCGCCAAGAAGUGUCUGCGGCUGAGGUCUCUGUCGGUGGCCGUCAACGCCAACAUCACCGACGAGUCUGUGGAGGAAGUCGCCAAGCACUGCAGGAGUCUGGAACAGCUGGACCUGACGGGCUGCCUGCGGGUGGGGAACCAGUCCAUCAGGACCGUGGCGGAGUACUGUCCAAAGCUGCAGUCCCUCAAGGUGAACCACUGCCACAACGUGACCGAGUCCACUCUGAACCCGCUGCGCAAGAGGAACGUGGAGAUCGACGUGGAGCCUCCUCUGCAGCGGGCCCUGGUGCUGCUGCAGGACGUGGUGGGCUUCGCACCGUUCAUCAACCUGCAGAUAUAGUCCGUAAGAGAGCCACGUGUAAAGGCUUAGGCCCAAUCCCAUUUCUACCCCUUACCCCUUCCCCUUCCCCCUCCACCUUGUUUUGAAGGGGUAAGGGGAAGGGGUAAGGGGUAGAAUGGAUUGGGCCUUAGGCCAAAUCCCAUUUCUACCCCUUACCCUUCCCCCCCUUACCCUUACCCCUUCCCCUUACCCCUUCAAAACAUGGGGGAGGGGUAAGGGGAAGGGCUAAGGGGUAGUAAUGGGUCUGGGCCUUGGUUAUGGUUCCACGUCGACGCAACGCAAGAGGGUUUACGGAUCCUCCUCACGUCCAGACGCAGAAACAUGAACCUGUUUUGUUUCUGGGGCUGGUUUUGGUGAGUGGACCAAUCACAGCCCCUGCUGCUGCGUCGCCUCCACAGAAGGUUAACAUUUUUUUGGGGGCGCACGUCAGGCCCUUACGGUGGACGCAAGGAGGGGCGCAAGGACGUAAGGGGAUCUGUAAACCCCAUUGCGUUGCGGCGACGUGGAACCACACCCGAGCCUUAACGUUUAAAAAAGAAAAUACUUUCUCAAAGAAAAGUGUCGCUAAAUGUCUUAAAAAAUAUAUGUAAUAAGAGCUUAUUUUGGUCCCUAUUGUUGACUGCAAUAUAUCCAAAUGCCUUUAUAAACAUAUUUAUGUGUCCAAGUAUUAUCCACACACAUUCUCAUUGUUUUUUUAUACGAUGCGAUAACCGUGUUAGAUAAUUGUGUUAAAUGAUCAGUAGAAAGUAACCUUGUCUCACCCUCGGUUACCUCGGUCUAACUGCAACUUGAAAAGAUAUAUCCUUUUUUUUAUGUUAAAGAAAUGCAAAUAUUUAAUGAUAACAAAUGUGUACCUUAUCUGGGGAAAAUGUUCACCUUAUGUGGGGAAAAUGUUCAAACUUUUAUUGCAAUUGUAUGUAAAAUGGCAUUGAGAAUAUUUCUGCACCUAAGAAAUAGAAAGCCAUGCACUUUUCAGAAAUCGUUUCUGCCUCUUAACUUUUUUCUUCACUGUUUUUCAAGAAUAUGUAUUUUGUGACUUUGGCAUUAUGUACUACCAAAGCAACAUAUUUAUUUUAAUUGAAAACUAAUUUCUCAUUAUUAUUGUUUGAUAUUAUUGUUCUUUGUUGGAAUUGUUUGUUUCACAAAACAAUUUUCUUAUAAUUCGUAAAGAUUCAUUUCAUUUUGCAUGCGUAAGGCUACUUGGUUUAAUAUUACAUUAUAAGAUAUCUGCAUUUUUUUUUAUGAAGUACUCAGGCACUGUUUAUCAGUACUUACAGGCACUGAACUAUAUCACAAAUUCAGAUAAAUAUGAUACACAUUUGAAGAUUUAGGAUGUUUGGCAAACUAUGUCAAACAUAAUGUUAAUAUACUGUUAAAUGUAACAUUUAUUUUACUGUAAAUAAAAAAAGUCACAGUUUAA